AUGGUUCGAAACAUUGUUGUCCUGGGAGGCAACUCCCACCCCCAGAUGACAGAAAACGUCUGCAACUUCCUUGGCAUCCCGGCCUGUGACCGCAUUCUGUCAAAGUUCUCUGGUGGCGAGAGUCGCUGCGAGAUCAAGGACUCUGUCCGUGGCAAGGAUGUCUACAUCAUCCAGUCCGGCUCUGGCCAUGUCAACGACAACCUCAUCGACCUCUGCAUCAUGAUCUCGGCGUGCAAAAUUGGCUCCGCCAAGCGCGUCACCGCCGUUGUGCCUCUCUUCCCUUACUCAAGACAACCUGACUGGCCCUACAACAAAGCCGGCGCUCCUCUGUCAAAGCCAUCCGAGUCUUCUAAGAAGGACUACACCUUCGAGAGUGUUCCUCCCACACCGCGGCCUGGCGGACCGCGAAGCGCCGGCCUCACCAAUGGGGUUAAUGGCCUCACCGAAAAGCUCUCCAAGAACUCGGAGAAUGGCGCUCGAGAAGUUAAUGGCGACUCGCUGCCGAAGCGAUCAGAUACCAUCUCCAGCGUUGGCUCUAACGGAGUCUACCCCGAUCUCUCACAACGAAGCUUUACGACUCACGAUUACGAGAACCAGACCAAUAUCAAAGGCUUCCAACCCAAGCCUGGUUAUAAGCAAUGGGUUGCCCAGGCCGGCACCCUUGUUGCUGAUCUUCUUACUUGCGCUGGCGCCGAUCACAUCAUCACCAUGGACCUUCACGACCCUCAAUACCAAGGCUUUUUCGACAUUCCCGUCGACAACCUAUACGGUAAAUUUCUUCUCCAAAACUAUAUUCAAACCCACAUCCCCGAUUACAAGGAGGCUGUCAUCGUCUCACCCGACGCCGGUGGUGCAAAGCGAGCUACCGCUAUUGCGGACAGUCUCAACAUGGACUUUGCACUCAUUCACAAGGAACGUCGCCCCAUCAAGUUUACCGACCACCGCAAUGCCAGCAUGAUGCUGGUUGGUGACAUUGCCAAUCGGGUCUGUAUCUUGGUCGACGACCUUGCCGAUACGGCCAACACCAUCACUCGCGCUGCCAAGCUGCUGAAGCGAGAGGGCGCCACUAGAGUUUACGCCCUCAUCACCCACGGCGUCUUCAGUGGAGAUUCCAUUGCCCGCGUCAAUGCCUCCGCCAUUGACAAGGUCAUUGUGACCAACUCGGUCCCGCAGGAGGAGCAUCGUCGUCUGUGCCCGAAAUUGGAAGUGCUUGAUAUUUCGCCAGUCUUUGCUGAGGCCAUCCGCCGCGUCCACCACGGCGAGUCUAUUAGCGUACUCUUCCAACUUGCCUAA